AUGGCUCCACCCCAGGAAACAACAGUAAAUCUAGCGACCCCCACACGCAUGCUAAAUGGAAUAGCUAAUUCUUUCUCACUAUCUGAUGGGAAGCUUAGCAUUAAUGGGGUCACACUCCUCUCUGAGGUCCCCAGCAAUGUCACCUUCAGUAGCUUCUCUUCCAUAUGUAAAUCCUCUAAUGCACCCUUCUCUAUUUACCGGCGAGUAAAGUCCAGAGCCCACAAGGGUGGCUUUCUUGGGUUCUCCAAGCCACGGUCCUCCGACCGCCUGAAGAAUUCAUUAGGCAAGUUCAGCAGCAGAGAUUUUCUUAGCAUCUUCAGGUUCAAAACAUGGUGGUCUACCAUGUGGAUUGGCAAGUCUGGCUCAGACUUACUAAAGGAGACCCAAUGGGUCCUCUUCCAAGUCCCUGAGCUCAACUCUUAUGUCCUCCUCCUUCCCUUGUUGGAAGGGAAAUUCAGGUCGGCGAUCGAACCCGGUGUCGAUGACCAUGUCAUCAUCUGUGCUGAAAGUGGAUCUAGCCAAGUGGAAGCUGAUUCUUUCAGUGCUAUAGCCUAUGUUCAUUUUGGUGACAACCCUUUCACCUUAAUGAAGGAGGCUUAUAGUGCUGCAAGGGUCCAUUUGAAUACAUUUAGGCUGUUGGAAGAGAAGUCUCUUCCUCCUCUUGUGGAUAAGUUUGGCUGGUGCACUUGGGAUGCCUUCUACUUGACUGUUGAUCCUCUUGGGGUGUGGCAUGGCAUGAAGGAGUUGGCUGAGGGAGGUGUCCUGCCGAGGUUUCUUAUAAUUGAUGAUGGUUGGCAAAGCAUCAAUCUGGAUGGAGAUGACCCCCAUGAAGACGCAAAGAACCUUGUCCUGGGGGGUGAACAGAUGACUGCAAGGCUAUAUAGAUUUGAAGAGUGUGAGAAGUUUAGGAGGUACAGGGGAGGGUCUCUUUUAGACCCCGAUGCUCGUUGUUUCAAUCCUAGGAAGCAAAAGGAGAUUCUAUUGAAGGCUCGGGAGAUCGAACACACUAGGAAGGCUCGAAGCAAGGCAAUCCAAUCCAGGUCCACUGAUUUAUCAAGCUUCGAUUCCAAAAUGGUGGAGUUGAGAAGAGAAUUGGAUCAAAUGCUGGCUGAAAGAGAAGAUGUUUCAAUCAGUGUUAAUGGAAACUAUUGUACUGGUUCUUCAAACGAGUCCGAAGACAUGGGAAUGAAAGCAUUCAUAAAAGAUUUGAGGACAAAAUUCAGAGGUUUGGAUGAUGUCUAUGUGUGGCAAGCUCUUUGUGGAGCUUGGGGGGGAGUGAGGCCUGGCGCAACACAUCUCGAUUCGAAGGUGAUCCCUGUUAAGCUCUCUCCUGGGCUAGCUGGGACAAUGGACGACCUCGCAGUUGACAAGAUUGUGGAAGGUGGCAUUGGCCUAGCUCAUCCAGACCAAGCAGGGGAUUUCUAUGAUUCCAUGCACUCUUAUCUCGCAAAGACCGGCAUCACCGGGAUCAAAGUGGAUGUCAUCCAUACGCUAGAAUAUGUCUGUGAGGAAUAUGGAGGACGCGUCGAGCUUGCAAAGGCCUACUACAAGGGGCUGACAAAGUCCCUUCAAAAGAAUUUCAAUGGAACAGGGAUCAUUUCUAGUAUGCAGCACUGCAAUGAUUUCUUCUUCCUUGGGACCUGGCAAACAGCAAUUGGGAGAGCAGGUGAUGACUUCUGGUCCGAUGACCCGAAUGGAGAUCCAAUGGGGAUUUACUGGCUGCAAGGUGCCCAUAUGAUCAACUGUGCUUAUAAUAGCUUGUGGAUGGGUCAGAUGGUACAGCCAGAUUGGGACAUGUUCCAAUCUGAUCAUGUGUGCGCCAAGUUCCAUGCGGCCUCGAGGGCCAUCUGCGGAGGGCCGGUCUAUGUUAGUGAUUCGGUUGGUUGUCAUGACUUCGAGCUCUUGAAGAAGCUUGUCUUCCCUGAUGGAUCCAUUCCCAAGUGCAAGCACUUUGCUCUGCCAACAAGAGAUUGCCUGUUUAAGAAUCCUCUUUUCGAUGGGAAAACUGUCCUCAAGAUUUGGAACUUAAACAAGUUUGGAGGUGUUGUCGGAGCUUUCAAUUGCCAAGGAGCAGGAUGGGAUCCAGAGGAACGGCGAGUCCGAGGCUACCCUCAAUCAUACAAGCCAGUUUCAGGCAGUGUUCAUGUGAUGGAUGUCGAAUGGGACCAGAAGAAGGAAGCUAGUAAGAUGGGCAAUGCUGAGGAGCACAUAGUCUAUCUCAACCAGGCUGAGAAGUUACUGCUAAUGACCCCAAACUCAGGAGCCAUCCAAUUCACUCUGCAGCCAUCUUCCUUUGAGAUUUUCAGCAUUGUGCCGAUCACAAAGCUCCGCUCCGAUCUGAAAUUUGCACCAAUUGGGCUAAUGAAUAUGUUUAAUUGUGGAGGGACUAUAACUGAGGUGGAGUAUGGUGAGAGUUGGAAGAAGAUCUUUGUGAGGAUUAAGGUGAAGGGGGUGGGGAAGCUCUUGGUUUAUUCUAGUGAGAAGCCAAAGAGCAGCUUGUUGGAUGGGGUUGAGGUGGGAGUUCAGUGGAGUAGCGAAGGAAAGCUGACAGUGGAUCUUCCUUGGAAAGACGAAGGAGGUGGUGUCUCUGAUGUGUUCUUUGCUUAUUGAUCAAUUGACGGGAGCGUUAUGAGCUUCCAAAUAUCCUCAUCUUCUUCCUCUUUUUUUCUUUCUUCUCCUGUAAUAAGUGAUUGUUUUUCAGUUUUUUUGAGUUGUUUUUUUUUUUUUGUUAUUUGAAUUGUAAAAGAGUGCUCGAAAAUAGUGGUUUUUGAGUUUUGUAAUAUUGAAGUUUAAUUCUCAUAUGAUCA